AUGUAUGGCCUAGCGGUACGGCAAGGAAGUGAUGAAGCACAAGAAAACGAUGAUGAAGCAGAAGCAGUUGCUAGAUUGCAGGAAAAAUGCUUAGCUGCUUUUCAUCAUCUCAUCGUCCAGGAAAACAAAGAGAAUCAACAUUAUUAUUGUCCAGAUGGAAUGACAAAUUGGUGUAGUUAUAAACGUUAUCAAGCAACGAAUGGAAAUGAGGAUGAAGAAAAGGACAAAAACCGGCUUGAUCCUGUGUUUCUUGAUGCAUUACAAAAAAUGAUCGAAGAUUUAACAUCAAAAGAAUUUGGUGGUAGCGCUUCGAUGUUAGAAUUCUUCGAACAAUCAGACAUUGAAAUUAACGAAGAAUUAUAUUCGAAUUUAGUGGCUAGAGAUGAAAAACGUAUUCAGAAAGCAGAACAAACAGCAGCGCAACGCUAA